UCGCGCACCACGGAGUUUCACCAAACAGAAAGUGAUAGAGGUCGGGAAACAGGCACCUCUCGCCGCCGGAGCGGAGAAACACAACACAGACACGUUUCAGAAGGGUCACAGACACUCUACAAAGGGAAACUGGUAGGGAUAUAUAUCUUUUUACGGAGUUUUGAGCAAUGCGCUGGCAGCAUGGCCAGAUGGUUCAAGGAGCACCUGGGAUUCAAAACCACCAAAGCCCCACCACCGGCGCCCCCGAAACCGGACUACCGACACUUCCACACCACUGUAUCCAGUCCGCCUGGAUACCAACUCCACCAGCAGCAGCAGCUGCAGCAGCAGACGAGCACCGGGUUAAUGUCCGCUCAGCCAGACAUCCUUACCGCCUACAAACUCCGGAAGGAGCUGGACUUCGAGGAUCCGUACACGGGCGGUGGAAAUAUCCCCUUCUCCACGGGACUUAGUUCAACGGGCUCCCCGGACGUCAAGUACGUGUCCCCGAAACACCGGCUCAUAAAGGUAGAUACUAUAGAGAGGAGCUGCUCAAGUUCGGGCAGCAGUAGCGGGGUGACGGCGGUCAAAUCACCCACUUCUCCACCAGCCGAACCCGAGAACGGCCACAGCAGCAGCAGUAGUAAACAGGAGAAGCUCGCCAUUGUAGAGGACUAUGCGGACCCUUUUGAUGCAGCGGAUCAGGCUGGCGGCACCCAGACAGUCACAGAAAAGCCAACGGAGAAUGAUGGCUACAUGGAGCCGUACGAGGCCCAAAAAAUGAUGGCUGAAAUCCGAGGUGGUCGUGGUCCUAAAGAUGGUCCAGUUCGGCAGCUACCUCUAUACGACACCCCCUAUGAGCCAGAGGAGAAUGGAGGACACCUGGAUGGAGGCCGGUGUUCUCGUGAGAGCAGACUACCCCAGGACGAUGAGAGGCCACCAGAGGAGUACGACCAGCCUUGGGAGUGGAAGAAAGAUCGAAUAUCUAAAGCCUUUGCAGCACUACUUUGUUAUGACUGCAUUAGUAAUGAGGACUCAACCAGAGGAGCAACCAGAAUAGAUGCCAACAUCUCUAGAUCCCCUAAAGUAGAGAUUAAAGUGAUAAAGGAUCUGCCCUGGCCUCCUCCGGUUGGGCAGCUCAACACCAGUCCUCCUAUAAUGGAGGUGGUGGAGGCUCCGUCCCCGCCUGACCAGUCCUUGCCAGGACAGACCACGACAGCAACAGCCUGUGACCAGCACCAACAUGUGCAGUUUGACGGUAUGGAAAAGUCCAGAAUGUCACCCACUAAAGAGGUGAAAUCCCGACCACUGCAGCGUCACUCCAGCGGUUGCCUGGUCAACACUAAGAUGAGCUCACUAGAUCACAGCACACCCACAGUUGGCGAGCGCAUAGACCCCUCCAUGCCCCUGGAGAGUCAGUUCUGGUAUCAUGGUGCGAUUAGCCGGACUGACGCAGAGUCUGUGCUGAGGUUAUGUAAAGAGGCCAGUUAUCUCGUGAGAAACAGUGAGACCAGUAAGAAUGACUUCUCCCUCUCACUCAAGAGCAGUCAAGGUUUCAUGCAUAUGAAGCUGUCUAGGACCAAAGACAAUAAGUACGUACUGGGUCAGAACAGCUGCCUGUUUGACAGUGUACCCGAGAUCAUCUACUUUUACUCCAGUCGCAAACUACCAAUCAAAGGAGCUGAACACAUGUCCCUGCUUUACCCUGUGGCCAUACGGACACUAUAGUAGCACUUUACAGCAGGACAGCUAAUGCAGUCAUUCAUAAAUGCUUAAAAAACACUAAAGAAUAUGUCAUACAACAUUGGAUACAGACUACUUUGUGAGGAAAAUGAUUGUCUUCUGUUUCCUUCAUAAUAACUCAUGUUGGAUCUUAUAAGCUUGUUAUAAACAUUUAAUAACAUGAGUUUGGGUGUUUAUUAAGCAUUAAUAAAUGGUGACAAAGAACCAUCAUUAUAUUUAAGUGCUACUGAAUUCCCAGAGGCAAAAAGGGAGAUUGCUUGAUCCCAAUUCAGCUCGCCUGAGUUCAAUGGACUAAUGGAGUAGGAUUGACUAGAGUACAGAAGAAAAUAACUUCUUUGCAGCAUUACCUACUCAAACAUGCCUUCUCCCUAAACCCAUACAUGUUCACUCCCUCUUUCUUCACAUAAGUGGAUCUUUAGUCAUAGACUGUCUAAAUAUUUGGAUGAUGUCUCACUAGCUGGCUUGUGCUAGUUCUGUUUCUACUACCGAUUUCUGUAUCUCAAAACACAUAAAUCACAUACAUGGACAUAGAGACUGAAUCCUAUUUUAAUUGCCAAAACAUCAUCAUCUGGACUUCCUGUCACUAUAUUGUUGUUUAUAUACAAUGUCAUGCGGGUUUGGUAUUUUUAUUAUUAUUAUUAUUGAACAAACAUUUUCAAACAAUACAGAAAAAGUAAAAUUCAGACAACUGAAACCAUUUACAGUUCUCAGUUAGACAGAUAUUCAGUGGCCCCAAAAAGUAUUUGGACACUUAAGCCACACUUAAAAACUUAUGAAUGUUGCAUGUGUAAUUUAUUUUAAAGGUAUACAACAAAAACACACUUUUUCAAGCAAUAAUAAUAAAUAAAGAAAAUAUUUGGGCAUUUUCUGGUUAUUGAACUUGUCCAUAGUUAAUGUGAAGAACAACACUCGUGGUUACCAGUGUUGGGUAAGUUACUCAGCAAAGUAAUGCACUACAAAUUAUUAAUCACUUCUAUAAAAUUGUAAUCAUAUUACUUUACUGAUUUCUAAAUUGAAAAAGUAAUUACAUUACUUACACCUGUGUAACCCAAGUAAUGUACUUAAAAGUUAUUAACUUAAUGUCAGUAACUGUAAUCUAAUUACUAGAAUUGAAAAUGUAGCAUGUUACACUACUUUUUAUACAAAGCAAUUUGAUUACAGUAACUAAUUAUUUGGUAAUCAGAUUACACCAAACACUGGCGGUUGAAUAACCAAUAGUAAAAAAAAGUUGCUUCUGAAAAAGGAUUCACUUGCUUUGUUUUAUGCUAUUUUAAUUGUGACUUAAAUGUCCAAAUACAUUUGUGCAAAAAGAGAAGUUCUGACUGAAAUUAACGUCACUCUUUCUACGUACUGUAGUUCUGAUCUUAGUGAACUUGUUCAACAGAUUAUAGCGAGGAAAAAACAAGGGUUGGUUAAAGACUCUGGAGAAGAAGAGAUGGAUGGUGCCAUUUAAGUGUACUUGGACAGGGCCAGCAUUUCAGAUAAUGUAGCAGACACUUGAUCUAGGUCACCCUACAGGGUAGAGAACUGGAUUGCAGUGUGUGGCCCUAUGUUUCUAAAUUGUGAAAAAGGACCUUUUUAAUUUAAGGGGGAAAAAAACUUGUCACUUUAUACUCCACCCAAGUUUAAGAUGAUCUCUACCAAGGAGAACAAAAUAUGCCUGUAUUGUCUACCUCAGAAAAUCAAUUUAAUUCAUCCAUCCACCGAUCAGUAAGGUACAAUAACGUUACAUAUAUUGAUACAUUUGACUCAUCCCAUUCUGUCAUCUUAAAUUUUGCCUUUUGGUUUAGGAAUAGCUUCUUUAUCCAAACGCAAUAAAAAGCUGUUCUGUUUGUGUGUUCGCUUGAGGUUGUGGUUUGACCAUCAGUUAUAUGGAAAGUCACUCUGUACUGUAGUGUGAUGCCAGUGACUUCUGUUUGGUUAAAGCCUUUUACAGUAAAUGCAUGGUUUGAAAAAAAAAAAAAAAGACAACAUAGUAUGUCAAGUAUGUCAAACUGAUUUGCAAACAUUUGCCCUCAAUUACUGUUUUGUGGCUGUAAUUUAUUACUGAGAAAAAAAUAAUAAUAAUACUAUUGCUGAUGUUUAAGUCCUAGGCUACUAAGACUCUCUGUGUGCCAUAUAUCUGACCUUACAUUUCUUUGUAAUCGUCCCCCAUCUAAAGACUGAUACUUUGAUUGGAGCAUUAUUUGCCAUGGUAACCAGUUCAGCCAAUCAGAUUACAGCUUUGUCAACAGAUCUCCCCUGCCCCUAUUUUUGACCAAGUUUUCCCAGUCUGCCAUCACCCAGCAGUUUCUUUGUGCAUUUUUCUCCUAUGUAUGUAAACAUAAUAAUGCAAAUUGCAAUUUUGGUACAGCCUUUGAAAUUAAAGCCUGUGUAUUUAAUUAAAUGACUGGGGACAGAUGCUGCUGAGGUCCAAAAAUGACACAAAAUCUCUAAAAAGCUUUGUGUGAGAUAUAGACCGAAAACUUUGGUCUAAAAAAUAAAAAUAAAAAUCUUCCCCCAUGCCGUAGCUCUCAAAUCUCAUUCAAGUACAUGUAAAUAAGGUGCGUUAAGAUGCAUCAUACAUAUCAUACAAAAACAACUUUACAAUGUAGAGGUGACCCCAAAUUUUCAAUUAACUAUUGAACUAUUUCUUUAAAAGAUUUCAAAAGAAAAGCUAAAUAAGGUUUAGAGUAAAUCUGUAUGAAAUCAAGACUAUCAUCUAUUUGAACUCCAGCAUUUGUUCUUAGAUUAAAAUCUCCUUGACAUUGUUAAACCACAUACCACAACCCUUCACUAGAUAAUAUGUAAAACUAUUAAUGCUCUUGAUAGCAUCUCAUUGUUAAUGGCUAUUCAGCUCUUCCAGUCAUUCUGUAAUUAUUCAAACAAACCUAAAGGAAAUGGCUCUCAACUGCUCCAUCUCCAAUUCCCUCAAUCCCAGGGGUUCAAUGAAGAGGAGCAUGAUAUACAGAACAUGUCUUUCCUGGAAAUGCAUUUGUGUUGCUGUAGAGACAGACCCAGGGGAGAGCGCUCGCAGAGACAGGGAGGCUGUUUUUAGAUAGGUCAGUGCAGAUAUCUGUCUUGUCUGUCAGUAGAAACAUGCAUCCAUAAGCUUUAAUAAGCAAGCCAUGUGCCCAGGUUAUUACAGUGAGGCACUUGUGUGCUUUUCUGUGGAAGAAAAGGGAGUAAGAUUUGCCUAAUUCUAAAGGAAGAUGAAUGUAUACAUGUAAGGAGUUGUAAAGGCUUUGUAAAUGCAGAUAAAAGAAAGAAAAUGGUCAUUCUGUCUUUAUUUACUCACUCUCAUGUUGUUCCAAACCUGUAUGACCUAUUUUGGUCCAUGGAACACUUAGAGGAGAAGCUUAGCAGAGUGUCUGAGCUGCUCUCUUUAAUCCCAAUAAAAGUGGAUGGGAACCAGGGGCUUUCAAGAUCCAAAAUGGACUAAAUAAACAUAAAGCAUAUAUGAUACCUUUGUGUGGAGAACAGAAAAGUUGUAUGGAAAAGAACAGCUUGGACAUUCUAUAAAUAAUCUAAUAAUAAAUAACUUGUUUUGUGUUCCACAGAAGGAAGUCAUGUGGGUUUUAGAAUGACUUGUGUGUGAGUAAAUUGUGUUUUCAUUUUUGGGUGAACCAAGACAGUUUAAAGGUCCAUUAUGGGCAGAGCGACAAGAGAUAAGGGAUUUUAGACAAAUGUUUACAAAAGAGAUGUUGAAAGAGCUAAAUAAAAAUUAUAGUAAUUUAAAUGAAAUUAGAUUAAAUGAUUAUGAAAGUAGUUGAAAAGACAGACAAGGGUAAUAAAUGGGCUAAAAGAUGAGGAGAGCUGUAGAAAAGAUGACUGUUACAGUAUGAUGAUUGAAGGAUGAGGGAGGAGUAGGUAAGAGGGAGAGAAAAGAGGAGACAGCUUUGUCUCGGUGGAGAUCUGCGUUUGCAUCGCUCCACCCAUGUUGACAAGUGUUCUUGCAAAGGACACAAAGGAGGCGUGUGUGUGUGCACUGCUAUUUUUCAUUGCCUCAACUGAGUAUAAUUUUAAUAGGAUCUCAUCUCCUGGAUGUGUGUGCUGUUAUAUUUAAGAUGAUUUUUUUUUUCCCCAACUGUUAAAGUCUGCAUAGAAUGGGUUUGUGUACAUUUUCUUCCUGUGUAUGCACUAACAUGACAUACAGUACCUGUACAGUACCUCUCCGCCAAAUGUAUAUACUGAAUGUAUUGUUUGGGGACGUAGAGGCUUUGAGAUUCUGACAAAUAAAGUUAAUGGGUCUAACUUAACCGGGUGUUCUGUGUGAAAUAAUGCAGGGGACAUAAACUGCAAAUUCAACUUUUUUCAUUAUUGUGUCAUUUGUUAUGAUGUCAACAUAUUCUCCUCUACAUGAAUGGGUGACAUUUAUUUAUUUAAACAAAGACUUGUAUGUAGUACAUGGGUAGUUUUUUUUUUUUUUAAGCAUCAAUAUUUUAGGUCUAUCUGUGUAAGGUAAAGUAUAUUUAUGUGCUAUGACUGUUCUGUUACUGUUACUGUUCUGAUACUUUUUUAGCUUUUACAUGACACACUCGCUGUCACUGCUUGACAUUUCAUGCCAGCUAACCACAAGCAGAAUAUAAAAGACACAACUGUUCUUU